AUGAGAAUCAAGCUUGGUUUUCGCCCUGUUCGUGGAUGCAUAGACCUUAUCUUUACAUUGAGACAAAUUCUUGAAAGUGCCACUCCUUCAGACGUCUCACCUGCUUUUGAUUCUGUCGAUCGUCAGCAACUUUGGCAGUGUCUGGUGAUCAAAUGCGCCCCUUCCAAAUCUAUCUCUCUUACGAGGACGCUGUGUGCGAACUCCUGUGGGUGCGUGCGAGUAUACGGGGAGUUCUCGCCUGAGUUCACCGCGUCCAGUGGUGUAAGACAAGGCUGCACUGUCUCACCCUUCCUCUUCAACGUUGUUCUUGAUAUGCUGCUUCAAAUUUAUCUUCCAGCCUCUGAAACCUCGGGAGUCUUAUUGCUCCCGGAUCUUUCGCUCAUAGACACUGAGUAUACAGAGCCAGGAGAGCUUUUGCCAAACUUUGACAACCAUGGUGCAAAAAGGACCAGUUUGUCUGUUAAAGGAAGAUCUUACACUACUGUGUUGCAAUCCACGCUGCUUUAUAAAUCAGAGACGUGGCUCCUACGCGCAGGGGACAUAAGGAAAACAUCAGUAUUUGACCAUCCGCGUCUCCGACGCAUUGGUCAGGUCUGGUGGGAACAUCGGAUUAGUAAUGUUGAGGUGCCGCAGAUGAUCUUGGGAAGGAUGAACUCUCUUGCAAUAGAUGAAUUACUCACUCUUCACAGGUUGCGCUGUUUGGGACAUGUACUCUGCAUGCCAGAAGACCACCUGCCUCAUAUAACUCUUUUUUUAGCCCUAUGCUGCGUAGAAGUGACCGAGUGGUGGACAGUCCCGUUCACAUGUGAGAAUUCAGAUGGGUCCAACCUGCGCUGGUGGAAUAGUGGUAACACGUUCGCCUCGCAUGUUAGGGUCCCGGAUUUCAAACCGCGGCACAGCCAUUGGAUAUGCACUCUGAUGAGCUCUAAUAAGAGCGAAACUCGAGUCCAGUGCCUCCCCCCUUUGGUAUGGAUUUACCAGAAUAAUUGCAUCAGGACAAGAGGACGACUGUUCAAACGAGAACAACAUGCCAAUUCCGAGGGCGGAUCGUUCAACUGUAGUACCCUUCGGUGUCUUAACUGCCAAACCACCAGAAGGAGGCACGAUGGCUGGGAUAUUGCCAGCUUGACCAAGCCUAGACAGAAGAAUUCGAGAGGUAGAAGUCAGCUUGACAACACGGACCUUCUGGUGAGCGAAUUCGAGCUGUACAACAGAUGUCAGAGUAUA